CCACGCGAAUCUGCGCGCGCACGAAUCGGCGGCUGGGCCUGGUGGGACGGGACGCGGGGGGCAUCCAGCAGCAGCAGCAGCGGCGGCGGCAGCAAACAGCACAGGGGGGAGACGGGAGGCGAGCGAGAGGCAGCGACUCUACCCGCAAUAUGCGGCCACACGCCUCUUCUCCUGCUGCUCCCGCCGCUUGUGCCGCCGCUGCCAACCCCCUUGCUGCCGCCAGUCGUCUUGCCGCCACGACGGGACUACGCGGCCAGACGUGGGUGCCGUUUUGUGGAAGCUUGAUGCUGCUGACGGUGGUGGUGGUGGUGUGAAGAGGGCUUGGUGGUCGGUGGUCUUCUGGCCGCCUCCUCCUACUUCCAGGGUGUCCUCCAUCCCCUUUCCUCCUUCUGCUGGGAAGAAGGACAGGGGCCUCCGUCUCCUCUUGCUUCGGUCGGUCAUGUCGUCCAGGUCUUCGGGAGAGGCGAGACCCGGACAGCGACCGGCUGUCAGGGUUCACGAGCAGACGGGAGCUGGAGACAAGCGAGCGGUUGCUAGCUCCAUCAACGGGGUGACCCCUGGAGGAGGAAGCGCUGCAGGUGGAGGAGCAAAGAAGCAGCACUGGAGGAGCUACAAGCUGCUGGUGGACCCAGCGCUGAAGAAAGGCCAGCACAAGCUCUAUCGAUACGAUGGGCAGAGCUUCCAACCGCAGAAUCCCGGGCUACCGCCCGUCACGUCCGUGCAUGACCCACGCGCUUCCCGGCGAUGGACGCGAAUCGUGGAGGCCGAGUUGCCACUGCCCAAGUUCAAGAUUGAUGAGUAUUACGUGGGCCCGAUCCCGCCGAAGGAGGUGACCUUCGCGAAGCUCAACGACAACAUCAAGGAGCACUUCCUAACGGACAUGUGCAAGAAGUUUGGCGACAUCGACGCCAUGGAGAUCCUGCACCAUCCCAAGACGAGGAAGCACAUGGGCCUGGCCAAGGUGAUCUUCACCACGGUGAAGGCGGCCAAGGAGGCUGUGGAGAAGCUGCACAACACGUCUGUGAUGGGAAACCUCAUGCACGUGUUGCUCGACAACGGAGGGGAGAUGCGGGGGAAGCUCUACGAUCUCCUGCUUAGCGGGAAGUUCACGCCGCAGACGCUGCCGGUGGAGAAACUCACAGAGGAGGGGCCUGCCGACACGUGCCAGCCCUGUGACCCGCGCCGCCGGACGUUGAGCGAGAACGGCUGCUACCAGGGCGCUGCGUCGGCGAGCCUGGCGUCGGCCGACACGCCCUACUCCACCGACACGGCCUACUCGAGCGGUCUGCGCGACACCCCGGCCUCCUCCUCGGUACUGCCGCCGACGCCGCUGUCGUCGGCGACGCAGCACGGCACGCCGGGCUCCGUCGACUCGCUAUCGUACGGCUCGAUGCACAGCGCCGGCACCCCGGCCUCUCUCGAGCCGCCGCAGACGCCCACCGCCUCUUCUUCCUCCUCGUCGUCGGCCGCCCCUCUUCACGAGGCGGCCUACCUCCCGACGGCGAAGGAGGGUGGGCGGCGCACCGCAACCGGCGCGACUCAGAGGUUCUUCCCGGCGGAGGGGUACGCCGGCCAGGGCCUCGAGCACAAGUCGUUCGCGGCGCCGCCCGAGACGACGGCGUGGCCACAGCCACUGUUGCCGUCGCCGUCGGCGUUACACGGGUCGGCCCACCACGGCCGCCCCAGCGGGUUCCCCAAUCAUCCGCCCCCCCUGCUGCCUCCCCCGCCAACGACAACCUACACAGGAUACACGGGCUCGUCGGCGACAACCCCGGCAGUGCCGGCGGCAGCGGCGGUGACCGCCGCAGCCGCUCCGCCGCCUUCCGCGCCGUGGACGGGAGCGUACGGCGAGCCGGAGCGGCCAAAGUCGCCCCCCGGCGAGGGACCGCCCCGGCACGGGGAAGGGAGUGAUGGCUCGUUUGUAACGGCCAAGGCAGCGGUGGCGGCUGACUCGCUGUCGCUUUCUCGGGAGAGCGGAGUGAAGACUUCCCGCCGCACGCCGUCGCCCGUGCCCUCCGCCUCCUCCACGCCGCCCCCCUCCUCGAGCCUGCCCGGCGAGAGUCCCCCCGGCUCGGCGCAGCCAUGCAGCCUCGACUCGCGCAUCGAGAUGCUGCUCAAGGAGCAGAGGGCGAAGUUCCCCACCUUUCUCAUGGACGACCACGUCCCCAGCGGCGAGAGGGAGGCGACGCGGGGACGGAGGAGGCCUCCGUCCCCGCCCACGCCGCCCACGCCCAUCUCCACCAUCUACGGCUUUGAGCUGGAGGAGAUCUCGCCGACGCCGUUGUCUUUCUCCGACGAGUCGGACAUUGGUGAUGAGGUGGAUGACAGUCGCGACGAGAGGAGCUCGAGCUCAACGAUCCUCAAGGGCGUGGAAGCGAUGGUGUCGACGCUUCGCAAGGACAGCGAGCUGAGGCCCUCGAAGCCGGACGUGUUCAGCCCGGACACGCGCCUCUCGUUCAGCUCCGAGAGCGGCGGCGCCCACACGCCCAGGGCCGAGCAGCAGCAGCAGCAACCUCAGCAGCCGACGACGACGCCGACGUCGUCUUCGUCGCGGCCGAGCAGCAGGACCCAGACGCCCAAACAGGACGUUUGGCCGCAGACGCCGAAGCAGGACAGCUGCCCCGCGACGCCCAGCAAGAGCCACGGUGGCGCCAAGCCCGACAGCCGCCCCUCCACGCCGAGCAGGCUGCCGCCCCUGCCGGCUAGGUCGGACGGCGAGGGCAGGCUGCCAUCGGAGUGCGCCACGCCCAUCAUGGACGCCGAGGACAGCAGGGGGGCAGACGUGGAGAUGGUGGAGGUGCCCAGCGAGCCUCCACCUCCCAAAGAGCUGUCGGACGACGACAUGGACAUCUCAGAUAAUGAGACGGGGCAGUCCCCGUCCAUCUCCGCACCCAUCGAAGUUAACUCCCCCGUACCCACCUCGGUGGCCCACCACCCACCCACGUCCAUCCCCCCCACGGGGCCGCCCCCCAUCAACCUGCCCCCCCCGCCGAUCCCCCCGCCCCCCCACCCGCCCCCGCCGGGAUUCCCCCCCUCCAUCCCGCCCCCCUUUUCCAUGCCGCCCCUUCCGCCCCCUCCCUGCGUUCCGCCGCCCCCUCCUCUGCCAACGCUGGUGCCGCCCCCUCUGCCGCCUCCGCCUCCGCCGCCGCCUCCUCCGCCGCCGUCCUCCGUUCUGAGGCCUCCGCUGCCGCCCCCGCCGGGGCUGCCGAUGCCCCCGCUGCCCCCGCCGCUGCCCCCGCCCCACUCAGCCAUGCCACCGCUGCUGCCCCACUUCCACUAUGGCAUGCCCAACCAGGCGGAGCUGGUGCGGCACUGGUUCCGCAGCACCGCGCCGGGGGCGCCCAUGUCCUUCCAGAUGCAGACGCAGAUGCUGAGCCGCAUACACAUGAUGCAGCGCUACUCGGCCAAUUCGGCGGGGAUGCCGGGCCAGCCCGCGCCGGGCCAGCCCGCGCCCCACGCUCCGUACCCUUACCCGUACCCGCUUCCCAGGCCUUCUCACGCCGGUGGCGCCGGCGGUCCCGGCGGCGUCGGCAUGGGCGGAAUGGGUCACUUGCCGGGGCCGCCAAUGUCUGGCGGCACCGCGCCGCCCUUCCCGUCGGCGCAGCUCUACCCCAAGCUGCCGCUUCCUCUGCCUCUGCCGCUGCCGCUGCCGCCGGUGACGUUCAAUCCGGCGGUUCCCCCGCCCGGGUACAGGCCGCCCCCCAAGAAGAAGGACGACCCCCACCAGGCAACGAUCGAUGGCGUGCUGGAGGCCGUGAUGACCGAGCUGAAGAACAUCAUGAUCCGGGACGUGAGGAAGCGAAUGGUGGAAGGUCUCGCCUUCAAGACCUUUGACCACUGGUGGGAAAAGCAGGAGAGGAAUUUCAAGACGCCCUGCAAGGAGGAGGAGGUCGGCAAGUCGGAGGAGGUCGCCAAGCCGGAGGACGCCGGCGGAAAGAGCGACGAGCCGGGCAAAGCGGCGGAGCCCAUCUCGGCGUUGCUGUGCGGGCCCUCGCCCUUCGAGAGCUGGGGGAAGGGCUCGGUGCUGGGCGUCGACGGCCUUGGCUUCGGCAUGGGCCUGCGUGGCGCGCUGAGGUUGCCCUCCUUCAAGGUGAAACGGAAAGAGCCCCCGGAGCCAGCUGCCGUGUCGGAGCAGAAGAGGGCGCGCGUGAGCCCCUCGUGCGAGCUGGAGGAGGAAGACGAUGAAGAGGAGAGGAUGAGCGACGCCUCCGAGGCCGAGGGGCAGCCGGUUGGACGCGUGCGGAAGCACAGGGUGGCCCGGCCGCUGGAGCUCGACAGCGAAGGGGAGGAAGAGGAGGAGGAGGAGAAGAAGGAGCAAGAGAUGUCAGUGGAGGAGGAGGACGAGGAAGAGGAGGAAGAGGAGGAGGAGGAGGAAGAAGAUGAUGAUGAUGAUGUGGAAGAGAAGGAAGAGGCAGCGGCGGAUUUGGCGGAGGUGUUGGAAGAGGAACGCUCUGACGUGGAGAAGAAGGCGCGAGCAGUCGACGUGAAGAUGGAAUCGGAUGGCGCUCAGACGGCCAGCGAGGUCUCCUCAAAGUCCGGCACGGAGUCGACCUCCGCGUCGGGCUCGGAGUCGCAGUCGGAGUCGCGUUCUGGGUCGGAGACGCAGUCGGAAUCGGAGCCGGAGUCUGAGCUGGAGACGGCGAGUCGCGUGUCUCCAUCGGACGCCCGCCCCGCGGACAAGGGCUCGUUGUCCAUCUCCUCGUCCUCCUCGUCCUCCUCGUCGUCGUCCUCCUCGUCGUCCUCCUCCUCCUCUUCCUCCUCGGAGUACGAGAGCAGCUCUUCGUCGUCCUCAUCGUCCGAGUCGGAGUCGGAGGACGAGGAGCAGAGCGCUCGGCGCGAGACGAGAGCACGGGCGAGCGCCGGUGCCGUGGCGGCGGCGCUGGCGCGCGACGACGAGGACUACACGUUCGACGCCGACGACGAGGGCGACGAGGUGCCGACGGCAGACGUGCCGGCGUUCUGCGAGCACAAGAGUGAGCCGGGUUCCCCCGUGGCGGCAUUGCCGCCGCCGCCGCCGCCGCUUGCCGUUCCGGCCGCUCCGCCGGGCCGGCCGGUUGCACCGUUCGGCGUGGGGCCAGCCACGCCACCUGGCGCCCCGCCGCGCUCGGACGAGAGCGACCUGGAGACGGCCGAGUGCGACGACGACGACGAGGAGGAGGAGGAGGAGGACGUGCCUCGGACGCCCGGCAGGGACCCGCCGCCGCAGUCGGCGUUCUCCGACGUCGACUUCCCCGAGUCGCGGGGGCCGCGGCUCUCCUCGUCGGAGGCGGACUCCUGCGGCGGCGGCGGCGGCGGCGGCGUCGUCGCAUGGAAGACUGCGGCACAGAGGCCGCCACCGACGGUGCCGCACGGCUUUGCCGUGCCGCAGAGGGUAUCUCCGACGGCGCGGACGUCGCUGUCGGACUCCGUCACUCCCACGUCGCUCCUGGGGUCCCUGUCGGGGUCGACGUUGCUCCCUCCGCGGUCGCCAAAUCUUCACCUCAACAUCCCCGUGACGCCCGGCAGGGACAUGGGCUUUGUGUCGCCAUUUGCCGAGGCUUUGCCGCGCAGCCCGGCCGCCGGCGACGGCGGGAGCCAGCGGCAGGUACUCGCAUCGGCCGACUUUGGGCCACUGCCCGGCAAGGAGUUUCCUUCAUUUCAGAAUUCGCGGACCUUUUCCGGCAAGGAUGACGACUCUGCGAUGGACACCUCCUUGCCCCCACUCGACGGCAAGGAGACGUCGAGCAGCCAGAAGAGGGCCGAGAGUCUCUUCAGGAGGGGCGAGAUCGAGUACGACAUCUCAUCGGACGACGACGUCCCGGAGCACAACGGGGCCGUGUCGGCCAUACUCUCCUUCCUGUCGGAGGACGAAGCGCUGGAGGAGAGUCGUCCCUCGCCCGAGCCGCCGGUAGACGAGAGGGAGCGGUCUGAGAUGAAGGACGACGUCGCUUCGCCGCGGGCCUCGUCCCCCGCCGUGACCCCCGAUGACAUCUGCAAGCCGAGGUCCGAGGCCAAAGUCACCGACGUUUGCGAGGAAUCGAAGAGGUCGACGUCGGACAAGAUCAAGCUGCGGCCCGUGGUGAUGCUGCACUCGAGGGACUGGGAGAAGCUCAAGCAGUUCCGCUACGUGGAUGCAGACCGGACGGAGAAGGUGGUGACGCUGAAGCUCUCGGCGCAGCAGUCGGCCUUGCAGGCGGAGCUCGGCAAAAACCUGCGGUACAAGGCUGACUCCGGCACCGCCGCCGACGUCGCCGCCGAGCUGCUCGCCGAGAUCAAGCAGAAGGGCGCGCGGGAGUCGCAGGCCGACGGAGCGACACGGCCGUCGGAGGACGAGCGGGAGGACGGAGAGCUCGGGCGCCCGGCGGAGAAGAUGGAAGUGGAGGUCGUGUGCAAGCGAGAAGUGGAGGCGCCGGAGGAGACCACGGAGGAGAAGGAGGAGGCGGAGGAGGAGGAACGGGAGGAGGACCGUCGCGUCAUCGGCGAGCUGCGCCUGCGAGCGGCCGCGUUCACCGAGAGCCCCAAGCCGGCAGAGACCAAGUUCAGAUGGAAGCGCAGGGGAGUUGUUCCCAUGGAGACGGUGCCCGCGCCGUGCGUCACAAGCGAAGCCGCCACCUCGUCUCCCCUCCUCCCGGGGCCCCCCUCGUCCGCCGAGGAGACGCCGUCCUCCCGGGACGGCGGGGAGCUCGUAGCCCGGGACUCGGAGUCUCGACCGAUAGGGACCUCGAUCGAGACCGAGUCGAGGCUCACUCCGCCGGACGAGGAGAUGUCGCCGCCGCGCGACGAGGUGGAGGGUGACGCCUCGGCGGCGUCGCCUGAUGAGGAGGAGGUGCGGGAUUCCAGGACUCGUGACGCGGAGGACUUGAGGCGUUCGGGCGCGGCCGAGGAAAUGGUUGUUCAAGCCAAGCUCGUUGAGAAGGUGCACGACCUGAAAGAGGAGCUGGUGUCGGUGGAAGAAGAGGCGUUGAAAGAAGAGGUCUUGAAAAGGAAGGUUCCAAAGGAAGAGGUGUUGAAAGACGACGUCGAUGUCACCAAAAAUGACGACGUCAUCAAAAAGAGGACGGUGAAGGAUGAGGUGUUGAAAGAGGACGUAAUGAGAAAGAAGGCACUGAAGCAAGAGGCCUUGAAAGACGACGUUAACAUGAGGACAGUUCAAGAGGAGGUUUUGAAAGAGGAGGUCUUGAUAAAGGCACUGAAAGAUGAGGUUUUAACAGACGACGCUGUCAUAAAGAGGACGGUGAAGGAAGAGUUACCGAAAGACGACAUUGUGACAAAGAAGGUGCUGAAAGAAGAGGAGUUGAAGGAGGAGGAGAGUGAAGACCGGCUCUCCGAGACGAACAAAUCCGAGGUCCUGCCUGAGGCCUUCCUGCCAAAACCCCUCGCUCAGGAGCCGCCCCACUCAGAAGCUCCCAAGGUGGACGUGAGAACGUCCACGCCGCAGCCCGGCGCCACGCCGAUCGCCGCCGCCACCGCCGCCGCCGUCCCCGUCCCCGUCCCCGACGCGCUCACGCCGAUCGGCGUUUGCGGCGGCGGCGUCAGCAGCGGCAGCGACAGGGGCGGCGUCGAGACGGCGCUGGCCGAGGGCCUCCUCGCGGAGGCGGCGGCGGCGGCGGCCGCGCGGCCCAAGGUGGGUCGGAAGGGCCGGCGGCGCGGCCUGCGGCCGUCCGAGGGCCCGGCGGCGCGCAUCCCCACGCCGCCGCCCUCGCCGCCCGACUACCACUUCCGCCCGCGCAGCCAGUUCGAGGAGAUGGCGAUCCUCUACGACAUCUGGGACAUGGGCAUCGACGCGGAGGACGUGGAGUACCUGCGCACGACCUACGCGAGCCUCCUGACGCAGGAUAACAGCAUGGAGUGGCUCAACGACACCCACUGGGUCCCUCACCCUCACACGCACAUCCCGCGCGCCGAGCGCCCUGGCGGGCGCGGGCACCGCAAGAAGGUGGCGGGCGACGGGCUGCGCGAGCACGCGACGGGCUGCGCCCGCAGCGAGGGCUACUACAAGAUCAGCAUGAAGGAGAAGGCGCACUACCUGGCCGAGCGGCUCGUCGCUCUGGACGAGCAGCUUCCGGCCGACACGCAGGGCAUGAGCAUCCCGGCCCAGCCGUCUCUGUCGACGCGCGCCGGCUCGGAGCGGCGCUCGGAGCAGAGGAGGCUGUUGGCGUCGUUCGGCAGUGGGGGUCCGGCUGACAGCGACCUCUUCAAGUUCAACCAGCUCAAGUUCCGCAAGAAGAAGCUCAAGUUCACCAAGAGCGACAUCCACGACUGGGGCCUCUUCGCCUUGGAGCCGAUCGCGGCGGACGAGAUGGUGAUCGAGUACGUCGGCGAGGGCAUCCGGCAGGUCAUCGCGGACAUGCGUGAGCGGCACUACGAGAAGGAGGGCAUCGGCAGCAGCUACAUGUUCCGCGUGGAUCACGACCACAUCAUCGACGCCACCAAGUGCGGCAACCUGGCGCGGUUCAUCAACCACAGCUGCAACCCCAACUGCUACGCCAAGAUCAUCACCGUGGACUCGCACAAGAAGAUCGUCAUCUACUCCAAGCAGGCCAUCGCCGUCAACGAGGAGAUCACCUACGACUACAAAUUCCCGAUCGAGGACGAGAAGAUCCCCUGUCUCUGCGGUGCCGAAAACUGCCGGGGAACCCUGAAUUAGCGACGCCGGCUCAUCGUCCGUUCGCCCGCUCGCGCGCCCACUCGUUCACCCGACCAGCUCGACCGAUCUCACCUCCUCGAAUGGGGCAGGCCGUGCGGGCGAGCGGGCGAGCGGACGGGCUGCGUUCGCUGGGUCGGUCAGGCAAAGAGGACAGGAGCUGUGCUUGUUGUGGGCCGAUGGUCAGCACGAGCAGCUGGCGCGUCGCGUAAAAGGCCGUGAAGGAGCAGAGCAAUUCUCGAGGGCAAUGGUUACCGGCAAUCUUCUCCAGCAAACGCGUUCACGGUGGCAACUUGGUACGCCAUUUGGUAUGGAGGGGUAUAGAGUUCUACCCUAGCCAAUGAAAACAGAGUUUUCUUGAAAGUAGCAAAACAUACCAACACAGAACAGUAAAAUCGACAUGUGGAAUAACAUACCAAGAAACAGUAAAUCCAUUAUUAAAAAGUGCGUUUGAUGAAGAGUGAUUGCUUUACAGAGCUCAUCACCUCGGGUAACCAUAUGAUGCCAUGUGACGCCUGUCUGUGAUCCAAUUGGCAGUCGCCCAUGGGCAGGGCAGUGGUCAGAUUUGUCCAGAUUUUGAACAACUGCAUUGUUGACGACAGAAAGUCGUUGAGUAACUUCACUGCCAGCGACGAUUCCCACCGACGAUUGCCCUAAAAUGACCGUGGAACGCCACGGCCUUGACGACGACGCGAAGGGCCCGACCGGUCUCAGCGACGACGACGACGACGACGACGUGGAGCCGGCACCGCCGAGGAGGCCGAUUGUUUAUUUUCACAUUGCUGCUACUGGUGAACUUUUUGAAAUGCGUGCAAAAGCAAAAAAAAAAAUGUAAAUAGUAUAUUUUUGUGACGGGAGAAGCACUCGCAAAAGGAGGGAGAAGGAACUCUUUUUGUUUGCCCAAUGCCGGCGAGGAGGAGGAGGAGGAGGACGACAUGCCAGCGUUUAAUUAUGCGCACACGUUUUUACACGCCCAAUCCCCCGUCCCGUUCUGCGUUUUCCGCGGAGCUCUCGUCGUCAUUCGCGCCCGGUUCGAGGAGCUCGUUCACGUGUUUUUCUUUCCCCGGGUUGACUUGACAUGGGGGGGGGGGGGCACGGGGUGCCAGGGGAUGGGGGUGGGGUGACAGCACCGCUACACCCCCCCCCCCACCCCUCCCUCCAAGCCCCCCCAACCUCUACCACGGUUUACAGCGGCGAACAGCGAGCACGUUUUUAUUUUGUUUUUUUUCCCCGGGAAGAUCGCAAAACUGGGAAAACCAUUUUUUGGAGAAAAAGUUUGUUGCUUGAAUAUUUAGUUUUAGUUUUUUGCGAAGCGUGACUUUGCGGAUAUGACGCGUCCCCGUCGCCACCGAGAAUCUGUCCCUCCCUUACCGGCGCGGCGCAGGGACUUGCCGUUCCGGCUGGCUCGGACGCCCGGGCGUUCUUCGUGUGCGAGGGUUGUGGAUUUAUGAGUUUGUUGUUGCAAGUGACUGCGUUAGGGGUUUUGUUGGGGGGAGCUAUGACGACGACGACGAUGUUUUCUAAGUCACUUUCAUUUGGGGUGGGGGGAUGUUUGCGUAUCUUGUAUUUUAAUCGCUUUGGGCUGUACAUAAGCCACCCGGGGGGCCAAGUCCGCCGUGCGACGGCGACCGCACCGUGUACAUAGCGCGCGGCGUGGACUCCCACCGGAGCUUUUGGCUCUUUCUCCGUGCACUCUUUGUAAUUCUGUCCUGUAUAUAGUUUUGUAAUUAUGAGCGCUGGCGAAUGGAAAAACGUGUGAGUACUGUUAUAUGGGGCGUUUGUGAUUUUUUUUUUGACAUUAUGCCGAAUUUUUGGUUUGGCGGUGACGUAGGGGAGCACGCUCGGGUUCUCUCGGAGCAGCGCGUCGUUGGGGUGAUACGGGAGUGAAGUUUGCUUGCCCGGGCGAAGUCACUUGUGCGGCCACGGUUGCUGGUCGCCGGCACAGGUGAGCGACCGGAUGGUUGUGUGGCCCGGCGUGACGCCAUCAGGAUCGGAGAAGUGCUCGCACUGCACGCUCGGACCUGGAUUUGACACCGGAGUGGAUCGUCGGGAUUUUAAAUGUUUACCGCGUAUCAAGCUCAGGAGCGGGAAAGCAGGAGCAACGAUUUCUCUAAACACUGUGCCCAUGAUGCACCGCCGGUAAUUUUAGGAUGGUCGUCGUCUGCGAAUGAAUGGUUUGCUGGAAAAGGCUUGAUCACCCCACAUUCAUAUAACCCAUGCUAAACUUCUUUUUGAACAGGUUACAUGCCAUUCUCAUAGUUUUGAUUGUGUCGUGUACGCACACACGGUCGCACAAUGACCCGAAUCACAUUGUUUAUCCGCUUAAUUAACUUACUGUGAACAAAAGCCUCCCACUACUUUCUGGACAGAUCUUGUGGGUUGUCGAGUUUUUUCAGCACAUCCCUCGAUUUGCAAUGAUAAAUGUGGUUGUCCAAACCCGGACAAGUAUCAUCGCUGCUCCCCUUCGCGGGCAACUGCUAUGUCAACGUCCUAUCAGGUCACCGGCAAGAGGUGAAAUGACGAUCCGAGGUUGUGCUCUCACACAUCAAAUGCAUUCUUUCUAAAAACGUUUUUUUUAUUAUUGGCCGGAAAGAAAUGUGUUUCUCUGCCCUUGUCGAUGCCACCACGUUAACAAAUGCUUCACCGAUGGCAAACGCCCGAGUUUAAUCCUUGGCGUUUAUUGCACUGGCCCAAUCGGCCUUCGCGCGCUCGGUGACGGUUGUCGAAUUGGCUGCCGGGUUGUGGAAACAUCGGUCCGAGUCUUUUGGCAUUGCCGGCGAUCGGCAAGGCGGUUCGAACUGUGAAGUUUCUCAGGGGGUGUGCGGCGGCGCGCGAGGAGCGAUCGGUCCCUCGGGAGUUGUGGAGCGGUGUCGCGGCACGGAGGGAAUGUUGCCGCUCUGCACGACGAGCAAUUCGGUUGGGAUGAGAGCGGUGUUUUUAGUUGGUCUCCGCGUCAGGUCUGUUUCGAGUCUUGUCGACGGCAGCCUGUGGAAUUUUAGUCUGGAUUUUAUUUCGUCGGCAUUUUUUUUUCUGACGAGAUGCUAAUCCACCGACGCAUUUUUGUUUUUAACUCCACGCAUGUCGUCUUCGACUCGACUAAGACUAAACUCAUUCACGCACUGAUCAAAACUCAACACUUGGACGAGAGCGAGCGAGUGCGGUUAAGUUUGUUUUUGCGUUUGUGAACGCGUCUGGAUAAGAACGCGCGUGCAUCCAUCACUCGGUCUGGAGGAGAGGCGAUUCUAACCCGCAGGGGUCGACGACCAAAAUGACGAGGAGAUUUUUUUUUUUAGACUUCCGAAUUCGGUAGGAAACAAACUCCCCCCCCACCCCGUCCCUCAAUAUUUCAAGUCGCAAUGCACGUGAUGAAAUACGAGACGGGUGACCCUUAAUAAAUAAUGUCACGAAGCAAGUCCAUUUUGUGAGCCGCAGGUUUUGCGACUCCUGUUCCAACUCGUACCUUGAAUUUUUUUUCCCGUCUCGAAAUGCGUCACCAGCUGAAAUUCGUUUUCUGAAACCAUUUUCUGUUGCCCUAAACCCAGCCUCAACUAUUUUUUUUUAAAACGAUUGUUUUCCAUUAUAUAUUGUGCCUGUUUUGGUGCUAGACAUAUUUAAAGUGCGUGAAUAUUUAUUCAUUUUUUUCUGAACAGUCGUGGCUGUAAUGUACAGAGUUGUAUAUAUCAUGUAAGUUAAAAUUUAACCCCUUCUCUGCCAGGACUGCGCCUGGAGAUGGAUGCCGAGCGGUGAUUUUGGUUCAUUGUUAAGCACUCUUGCGCUGUGUACAUAAUGUUUAUAGCCGGACGAAUCUACCCACCCCUACAUUGUCUAACUGUACCACAGUAUGUUUUAUAAUAUAAAGAAUUAAAGCCUUCAAAGGUCUUUUUUAAAAAAUAUGUAACAAAGAUA